AUGUCUUUCUCAAAACUGCCGGAGGAUAUUCAACUUAAGAUCUUAAUGAAAGUACCAGCCAAAUCCAUCUUAACAAGUAAGUAUGUAUGCAAACUCUGGUUUACGCUAGUUUCUAACCCUGAAUUUGUCAAGAAUCACCUUCAUCGAACAAUUCAAAGAAAAAGUGAUCAUAAACUCAUGCUUAGUUAUUACGACUCGACACGGCCAGACGAUGCAAAACCUGCAAUAAGUUCUAUAGAUUAUGCUUCAAUAUUGCAAUUAUCAUUACCAUCUGAGUAUGAAUGUGAUGGGGAUAUUCCUGUGAAUUACCCUAUUUACCCGUCUCGGCAGGAGAAAGUUAAGUUCCUUAGAAUAUUGGGUUCUUGUAACGGCUUGAUUUGCUUAGGUGUAACGUCUGAUUCCGAUUUUACAAAAAUUUAUGUUUGGAACCCAUCGACAAAAGAAUAUAAAGAAAUUCUAGGAUGUGAUAUUCCAAGUUCCGACAAGAACUGGUCAUAUGCUAGCUAUGGAUUUGGUUUUGAUAAAGACAAUGAUGAUUACAAGGUGGUACGUAUUCCGUGUGACAGUGAUUUUGAGAGUUCAGUUAUUCAGGUUUAUACGAUGGGGUCGGAUGCAUGGCAUGAGGUUCAAACCAUACCAUACUGGCUUCAAUUGCAAGGGAAGACUUAUAGUUUGCCUUUUUUUAAUGGAGCUCUUCACUGGUUAGGUUUUACCACUCUAGGAACAUCCUCUGAUUUUAUCGUGUCAUUCGAACUGAGCAAUGAAAGGCUGGUGCAGUUGCCUUUUCCUGAAAAAAAUACAAACGAGAAAGUAUUUACAACUGUAGGAGUGCUGAACGACUGCCUUUGUUCAACAACUGAAUAUACAGAUGACCACGUCGAUAUAUGGGUCAUGCAAGAUUAUGGAAUGCCAGACUCUUGGACUAAACGAUUUACAUUUACCAUUACCUCACACGAAGACUACCAUUUGUGUUGUAAGCCAAUUUGGUCUUUCGAAAACGGUGAGAUUCUACUAGAUACAUACUCCGAUUUAAUUAUAUAUGACCCGAGAAGUGGAAAAGUUAGAAAGGCCAUGCCCGUCCGUGAUAGUUAUAAGAGCAGGGAUGUGGAGUUUUAUGUGGAGAGUCUUGUUUCAGUUAAAUCUGUUGGAAGUUAA